AUGUCGAAGGGAAGCUCAGCAACUCAGAUCUGCUGCAAGAACGAGAAGAACAUGCUAGAGGAAGCGGCAAAGAUCUUCGAUAGCCACGACAGUUUCCUCCUGGUCUCCUGGCUCGACGUCGGACCUCCUCGAGAGGAUCGAGCCUCUCGGCGCAAGUCUGCUACUUCUCCUCCUCCCAACGACGCGCCGGACGACAAGGCUGAAGCUCCUCCCGAGGAACUGGAAGCUCGUCUGCUCGGCGUCGACAAGACCAUCUCCAGCCUUUGCUCCCAGGCUCCUCCUGGCACAAGCGUCAUCAUCAUCGGCCCUUCAGAGGACCUGACGGAGAUAGAGGAAUUGCGAUUGAGGAGGAGGACAAAAUCGAAUCAGAAGAGCGCAGGGAUGCCCUGGAGUGAGGAGGACGAGAAGAAUCUCAACACGAAGAUCAACGAGGCCAGGAAUGGCUGCGCCUUCUUCUUCUUCAGCAGUCGAUAG